AUGUUUUGGUUCACUGAAGCUGAUGACAUUUUCAGGAGAGAGUCCAGUCUGAAGGAGAAAGAUCUUCUGAGAGUGGCUAAGAGGUUAGGACGUGAUUGGUGGCAAAUAGUUAUUGUUUUAGAAGUUGAUACAACUAAACUGAAAAUUGAUGAUGAGUCUAAUGUCACUGUAAAACAAGGCUACCUGAUGCUUAAGGAAUGGUUCAAAAAUUGCAACCCAGAAACACGGACACACGCAACAUUACGUGCAGCUCUUGAAGAAGCUGAAUGUUUCGCUGCGAUGGAAUGUCUGUCAUUAGACGCAAAGUGAAUUUCUGUGUAACUGUUGUUGUUUAGCCUCAGAUUAACCUUGACCAAACAGAGACUUAUGAUCAAACGCAUUCCAGCCAGGACCAUCAUGCCUAUUUCCAAAGAGAACCCACAACCACAUUGUCCAAUAUGCUCUUCUGUACAGUGGUAUCGUGUGAAUUUAGCUGCUAAUUCUAGCAGGUAUAUCAACCACGUAGUGAUCCCUUCACUGGUUUGGCUCCUUUGUUAAAAAUUCACAUUUAAAAUAAAGACAAACUUUGAAAUGUUCA